AUGGACGAACCAUUACCCGAGCUGCAGUGGUCGACGCCCUUCGCUGUACUCCCACCCAUCAAAUCUGCUCCCAAGGAUCUCCGCGGCGACAAGAUCCUACUCCCACAAUCCGCCCUCGAGCAACUUCUGGCAGCCUCCCCGAGACCCCCGGCGCCCUCCAACUCGUCCUUCACCUCGUACGAUCCUUUCAACCCUUACGCACGCCAGCAGCAAGUCGCUUAUCGAGAUACCUCUCAACAAUUGCCGAAUCCAUUAAUGUUCCGCCUGGUAAACCAAAAGAAUGGAAACGUGGUCUAUGCCGGUAUCCGCGAGUUCUCGACUGAGGAAGGCGAGAUAGCCCUUGGAUCAUAUCUGAUGGACGCGUUGGGCAUACUCCCUUCUGACUUCGACAGCGAAGAUACCGGAAGCAAACCGGUCGACUUGACAGUCGAGAUGGACCACGAUGCUCAACCUCGUGUAACUGUCCACGCGAAACGAUUGCCCAAGGGCACCUACGUUCGCCUCAGACCUCUCGAAGCUGGCUACAACCCCGGUGACUGGAAGUCUCUGCUCGAGAGACAACUACGUGAAAGCUAUACCACUCUCACCAAAGACACCAUCUUAUCCGUCCGCGGGGUCAAAGGCGAGCAAUUCAAGUUCCUAGUCGACAAAUUUCUUCCUGACGGCGACGGUAUAUGUGUGGUUGAUACGGACUUGGAGGUUGAUAUCGAAGCCCUGAACGAAGAGCAGGCGCGAGAAACGAUGCGCCAGAUCAUGGCCAAAGCCCAGCCUGGGACAGAUAACGGCAGCUCCAAAGGUGGCCAGAUCGACGUGUGGAAGACUGUCGAUGGACAGGUCCUGCCCGACGAAUAUGUCGACUACGAGCUUCCGUCUUGGGACCGGAACCGUCCCCUCACAAUCGAGCUUGGGGAUCUGCCUGGCGAGGACGCGGUGGAUUUGUUCGUCAGUCCCAAGUCAACUCGGCAACGUGCCCUCCCGCGCGACUCCGAGCACGUUUUUGGAAACUUCGAUCCUCCAGUCGACGGGAAAAAGUCAAUCACAAUUCAACCCACAAACAUUGAGCUCGAGAACGCAGAGGAACUCCUCAUCUCGGUGCAUGCGUACCCAUCAUCGAGCGCAUCCGGCUUGCCGGUGCGUUUCUCGUUAAGGGCAAAGGCUGCUUCAGAAGACGGAUCUCAAGAUGGGCCAAUUGAUCUGACCAAUGGUGAUGUCAGGUCGCCGGACGAGGAGCAAUGCAACAACUGCCAGCAAUGGGUUCCUAAGCGGACGAUCAUUUUGCAUCAGAACUUCUGUUUGCGAAAUAACGUCACCUGUCCAAAAUGCAAACGCGUUUUCAAGAAGGGCUCGCCUGAUUGGGAGGCGCAUUGGCACUGCGAGAAUGACAACGCCUUCGGUGACUCGCCAUCGAGCAGGGCGAAGCACGAAGACAUCCGACACACUGAACGCGAGUGCUAUGCAUGUGACUACAAGGCCCCGUCCUUGGUAGAACUAGCACUGCAUCGUACAAGUGUGUGCCCCGGAAAGCUCAUCCUCUGCCAAUUCUGCCAUCUCGAAGUGCCCCAAGAGGGGGAUCCCUUUAACCCGUCUGCAGAGGUCAUUCUAUCCGGCCUUACGGCUCACGAGCUGGCAGAUGGUGCCCGCACGACAGACUGCCACUUAUGCGGGAAGAUUGUUCGCAUGCGCGACAUGGCGGCGCACAUGAAGCAUCAUGAAUUGGACAAGGUGUCUCGUCCCAGGCCCGACAUCUGCAGAAAUGCAAACUGUGGCAGGACUCUUCAUGGGGUGGGCACGACGGGUACAGUCGGAGCAGGAACGGCAAUGGGACAAGGCCCUGGCAAUGAUCUUGGUCUCUGCUCCCUCUGUUUCGGGCCACUGUAUGUGAGCAUGCACGAUCCUGAGGGGAAGGCGCUCAAGCGUCGCAUCGAGCGAAGGUAUCUCAGCCAGUUGAUGACCGGCUGUGGUAAAAAGUGGUGCGGAAACGAGUGGUGUCGUGCAGGAAGAGCCAAUUUAGGGCUGGAGGCCAAAGGAGCCAGCGCGCAAGCUGCUCUUCCACUCGUGAAGCCGCUGGUGCAGAGCAUUCCGGACCUGCAAGAGCCGAUGCAUUUCUGCGUCGACGAGGGGUCCCAGAGACGUAGGAAGUUGGCAGAGAUGUUGGCUGGCGAAGGAGUUUGGGAUUUCGAGUGGUGUGUUGCGGCCUGUGAGGCAGCGUCGGGAGAUCUUGACAAGGCCAGGGAAUGGCUUGGCAACUGGGCGCCGAUAAAAGCGACUUGA